AACACCUUCCCUCAGCUUGUUGCCGAGAAACGAUUAUAAUAUUCCAGGCGUCGAGCGGUCCACCAUUUAGCGAGUGCAGGUGACCUGGCGGUUCGCCUUCCCCCUGCAGCACUAUAUAAACAGACAGGUUGGUGAGGAGUUACCACAACAUUCAUUGCCAUUGCAUUGUUGUGCUGUUAAAAAAUUUAACCAUAGCUGAAGCUUUCUGCAUUGCGCUUUCGAGCAAACACUUCAUCGUUUAAGGUUAACUUCGUCAGAUGGUUUAGCUUCGCCAAACGGUAAAAACCGUCGAAAUGGCCAGAGUGCGAUCAACUGCAAGGCUGUCUCGUGAGGGGGACGAAACCGAGGCCACUGAAACGGCACCAAUUUCAGAAGUAAUGAAACGAUCAGGUCUAGUUGUGGGCGACGAAGGUGCUUCUCAUGCCAAAGCUGAACAGACUGUGGUUGAGGGUGAAGAUGUUGAGAGUGAAGAAGACUACAACAUUCUGAUCCCAACGAAGCCUAGUCAUCUAGAUUUUGAAAAAUCUACUGUGACUGAAGAUUACAUGCCUAUGAUGAUGAAAUUGGGCUAUUUUGGAGAGGCUGAGAGUAAGCUUAUUCGAUUUGUUGGAGCAGAGACUACCCUAGAGCCGAAGAAGGAUGAAGUUGUCGUUUUCAAGAGCUUCUUCAGAGCGGGGCUGUGAUUCCCCCUUAAUGAGAUGAUAGGGGUAGUUUUAAAAAACUUUGAAAUAUAUCUUCAUCAGCUGACUGCCAACGCUAUUGUUAGGCUCGGCGUCUUUAUCUGGGCCCUCCGAAACCAAGGGAUGAGCCCGGAUACUGGAGCUUUCUGCCGAGUGCACGAGCUGCACUAUCAGACGAAGGCUAGGGCAGAUGGCCUUCAUGAGAAUUUUGGCUGUUACAAUUUUGCGUAUCGAAAGGAUACAAAAGCACCAGUCCUUAGCUACCGCACAAAGUGGUCAACCGGUUGGAAAAAAUGAAUGGUUCUAUAUGAAGGCUAACGAGAAAAAGAGGGAGAAGUUGAUGACCAUGGUCAUGAGUCCACUGAGUUUGAGCUUCGGAAUGACCCGACCCUUAUGCAAUAUGCAACUGGGGUCACCCUGUUAGAUGCCUGAAGUAGAAUUUAGAGUGGUAGCUGAGCAGAUCAGUACCAGGGACUUGGUGCAAGAAUACUUGGUGAAUAGAACAUAUCCGAUGUCAAGUGGCUGGGGAAUGCUGAAGAGGAAAGAAGUGGGGAAGAAGCAUGAACUUGUCUGUCUUGCUUACCGUUUUAAAUUUGAAAAACAAUUCAAGAAGCCUUGCAAAGAAUGGCUAGACAUGAUUGAGACCAUGUACAAUGAAAUACUUGGGAAAUAUACCAAAAGGGAAGAUUAACUAAUGACCGCAGCCUUCGGUACUUGCCCGAAAUGAAGAUUGAACCGGGUGAUGGAGGCCUUGAAAUUUGAAUAUCCUGAUUAUAAAAGGAUUAACAAAGGUGCUGAAGGGGUAAAAAGAAAAAAGAACUGUCAGCAUUCUGAGCAGGCAAGCUACUAGAAUGGUAAAGGAGGCUGAGAAGGCUUCAAAGAAGAGAAAAUCCACUCCUGAGCCGAAGGCGGCAGUUUCGAAGAAGAGGAAGGCUGAAACUCCGGAGCCGAAGAUAACUGAAGCAACAGAGGAGACUCCUUCGAUGCCUCUUGCUGCCGAAAUAACAGAAAUUUUAAAGGUAAUGACUGAAUCUUUACCCAUCAAGCUGCUAAGUCCUCUGGGGCCAGAACUGAGGAAACUUUUACAGAAGAAGAAUGAGCCUUCAGCUACAAAGGAGAAGGCUGACGGUCAGAAAAAACGAAGAAUUGUUAAUGUCAUGCAAGCCAUUGAGCGGACACCACCGCUAGCCUCGGCAUCGAAAUAGCACCUAUUGCAAGUGCCGAGGCUACUGCCGAAGCUGAUACCUCUGCCGAAGCUGCAGCUGCUGUCGAAGCUGCCAAUCUUGAAAGUACACUGUCAGGGAUUGAUAAAAUUAUUUUGGAUAUGGCUGCAGAAGAGACAGCUGCGGCUGCAGAGAAGGUCAUGGCCGCAGUGCCUAACAAAGGAAAAAAGAUUGCUGAUGCCGCUUCAGAAGAAAGGGACUUUGACCUUCGGAACCUGGUGGGUCAAGAGUUGUCUGAGGCUGAAAAGGAGCUAUAGAAAUAUGGGAUAUACUGUGGCUACCAGCCAGGAGCUAUGCUCUUUGGUGAAAUUGACGAAGGAGCCUUAGGAUGCAUUCGUGAUCGCACCGAGGCAAAGAUAAUCGACACCCUAUCGAAGAGUGUCGGUUUCCCGAAGCUUGAGGCUGAUAUUAGCGGCUACCGACGACAACAUAUCGUCGGCAAUUUGUUUUACUCCAAUUUCAAGGUAAAAUUCUUUUUGCCUAAAUUUCUGUUUUUCUUUGUGAUGAAUCAAAAUUUCCUGAUGUCGGCUUAUUUCUACAGAGUAUGUUGUUAAGUAAAGCAUUGAGGAUGCAACAAGACCUCGAGGAUAAGAAAAAUAAAAUCAUAAUCGAGGGCUUGAAGAGUAAGAUCAAGGAUUACGAAGCUUCUCUAGAGAAGAAGGAUUUCCUGCUUCAAGCAAUCGAGGGUUCGCUCGCAGAAAUUCAAGCCGAAAAUGCUAGAUUAAGCGAGGAGCUUCUCCAAAGUCAAACAACCUUAAAAGAAAAAUCAGAGAGCUUCGAACAAGAGAAGAAAGAUCUGCAAGCAAAGUAUGAAGCUGUAGCUGAUAAAAAUACUAAGCUGCAGAAAUCAUUGAAGGACCUUCAGAAUACAUGCUUGGAAUUUGGCAACCACUGCGUGCAACAGUUAAAGGGGGUCUUCAGCUCGGUUGGGGCCAGUUCUGAAGAUAUUGCCCCUUCGUCUGAAGACAUAUCCAGUACCUUCAAAUAUAUUGAAAAUGAAGUUGAUGCACUCGAUGAAGUGAUAGCUGGGCACGAUGACUUAUGUGCUUUGCCAGCCUCUCGUGGCACAGCUGCUACAUUCUUGAAGGCUGGAUGCACGCACACGAGGACAGUAAACAGACCAACCUUCAGCCUGUCGCCAUCAGAUCUGAUUGAUAUUCCUAGUGAAGCCCGAAGCAUCGGAAAUAGAUUCAUCAAUCAGAUUUGGGCUAAGGGUGGACGAGAGUUGGCUGGGGACGAAGCCUGAAACCUGCUUAAACCAGAUAGCGGUGCCGAAGGUUGAUAACCCGAAGCAUACUCCGAAGGUUGCUGAGAUGAAGCUUCUCUUUAAACCUUCCUGUAUAGAGCUUAGGAAAUAUUUGCAUUAUCUUUGCAAAAAAAUGUAAUCGAGAAUUAAACAGUACUGUGUAUAUUUGUCCAUACCUUGUAAUAUAUUUUUACCUUUUUCAUUUGUGUA